AUGAGCGAUUGGAUGGGGUUUUCUCUGACUCCACACUUGAGGAUUGAUGAAGUAUAUGGGAAUGGUAGAGAAAACCAAGCAGAACACCGUGGAGGCUAUCCUCCUUCUCAUCCUCGCUUGUCGGUUAUGCCUUUGAGAUCAGAUGGCUCUCUCUGUGUUGCUGACCCUUUUAGGCACUCUGGUGCAGCUGAAGAGUGGAGGUAUGAUAAUGGAGUAGUAGGAGGAACCUCCAAUGAAAAAGGUCCAAAGCUUGAAGAUUUCUUGGGUUGUUACUCGAACACGUCUGAUAUUGCUGAAACCAAAGUGUAUUGCCAAGGCAGUACACAACAAGAAGAUCAAGACCGAGAGCAUAACCAGAGCCAGAACCAGGACAUUUCUAGCAGGAUCAAUGUGAAUGUGGCCCCAAGCUUCAGCACCAACACUGAGAUGGAAACUAAUGGGGAAAAUUUCGCAAACCCUCCUUCCUUAAUCCAAUCUUUUCAUGCAUACAAUGAUGGUAACCCGCGAGCUGUAAUCCCAAGUAACGGCAUGUACAAGUCCUGGUUGGCUCAAUCUCAAUCUUCUGCUGAAGUAAAUGGUUAUAACUACCAAUCUCUAGCCCUAACUAUGAGUCCUAGUGUACCAAACACUCUUUGUGGUGCAGUUUCACCGGUUCAAGUGGAAGAUGAUGCUCGUAAAAGGCCAAUCACAAAAUCUCUUGCUGCUAGAGAACCCGUGCCUCGCAAAUCUAUUGAUACCUUUGGUCAAAGAACAUCUCAAUAUCGAGGUGUUACAAGGCAUAGAUGGACUGGGAGAUAUGAGGCCCAUUUGUGGGAUAAUAGUUGCAGGAAGGAAGGGCAAACAAGGAAAGGAAGGCAAGGUGGUUAUGAUAAAGAAGAAAAAGCAGCAAGGGCUUAUGACUUAGCUGCGCUCAAGUAUUGGGGCCCAACCACUCACAUAAAUUUCCCUUUAAGCAGUUAUGAGAAGGAACUUGAAGAGAUGAAGCACAUGACGAGGCAAGAAUUUGUGGCCAAUUUGAGGAGGAAGAGCAGUGGAUUUUCAAGAGGUGCUUCUGUGUAUAGGGGCGUGACAAGACACCAUCAACAUGGAAGGUGGCAAGCUAGGAUCGGUAGAGUUGCAGGAAACAAAGACUUGUAUCUCGGUACAUUUAGCACACAAGAGGAAGCCGCAGAAGCAUAUGAUAUUGCUGCAAUUAAGUUCAGGGGAACUAGUGCUGUGACCAACUUCGAUAUAAGCAGGUAUGACGUGAAGAGAAUAUGCUCCAGCUCGACCCUCAUUGCAGGAGAUCUGGCAAAGAAGUCUCCGAAAGACUCAGCUCCGGGCAGUGUGGCCACCACAACGGACGACUUCAAUUCUAAUGCAUCAACGUCAUUAGCGACGGCGGCUCAUCGGCAGCAGCCACAGCCCUUUUUGGCUGUAACAAAUGGUGAGCACUCUUCUGAUGAGUUAGCCAGCAUGGUUUGGAAUGAUGACGGGAACCCCAACGAGAAACAGGUCAAUGAUCACAGUAUUUCCGAGAACGGCACGAAUAAUAAUGCUAAGAACGCGUCAAACUCGGAAGAAAGUCCCAAGUGUUCUGUGGGAAUGGGAAAUGAGUUUGGGGUGAAUGGUUCGGAGUUUGGACCCGGGUUCUUCUCGUUGCAGGGACCAAAGUAUGGUGAUGAUGAUGAUGGAAACAACGACAACGGUGAUGAUAACUCGAAUAAUGACAUUCGCAUUGGGAACAUGGGUCUGGCUCAUCAAGUUCCUAUGUUUGCUUUGUGGAAUGAAUGA